CGGCAGAAGGACAGGAGUGUCAGGGGGUUCUGGGGCCAUGCGGGGGAGCGGGGCCCACGGACUGUGAGUGACCCCACAGGAGGAGGGGCUUAUAGGCACACGGCUCACCCCUAUAUACCGCUGGUGUUUAGGUGAUUAACAUUCGCCAUGCCGGGAAAGCUGAAAGUAAAGAUUAUGGCGGGUCGCCACCUGCCGGUGAUGGACCGAGCCAGCGACCUGACCGAUGCCUUCGUAGAGGUAAAAUUUGCAAACACCACUUUCAAGACGGAUGUUUAUCCGAAAUCUCUGAACCCGCAGUGGAACUCCGAAUGGUUCAAAUUUGAGGUGGACGAUGAAGACUUACAGGACGAGCCCCUGCAGAUCACCGUCUUGGACCACGACACGUACAGCGCCAACGAUGCCAUCGGCAAAGUGUACAUCGAUAUCGAUCCCUUGUUGUACAGCGAAGCGGCGACCGUGAUCUCCGGCUGGUUCCCCAUAUAUGACACGAUACACGGGAUCCGUGGCGAGAUCAGCGUAGUGGUGAAAGUUGAUCUCUUCAAUGACUUGAAUCAAUUCAGGCAAUCGUCGUGUGGAGUCAAGUUCUUUUGCACCACAUCCAUCCCGAAGUCGUACCGGGCCGUGGUCAUACAUGGAUUCGUGGAGGAGCUCGUGGUGAAUGAGGAUCCAGAGUACCAAUGGAUCGACAGGAUCCGGACCCCAAGAGCCUCUAACGAGGCCAGGCAGCGCCUCAUUUCAUUAAUGUCUGGGGAGCUGCAGAGGAAGAUUGGCCUCAAGGUUCUGGGGAUGCGAGGGAAUGCGGUGGUCGGUUACCUGCAGUGUUUUGAUCUGGAAGGGGAAUCUGGUUUGGUGGUCCGAGCCAUUGGAACGGCCUGCACGCUGGAUAAACUAAGUAACCCGGCCCCAUUUGCUCCGGUGUGUAACUCUCCCUGCAAGGAAAUGAAAGAGUCUCCGCUGGUGCAGCCGCCAAGCCACGGGUAUCGCUCAACUCACAACAGCCCAAUUCACACAGCUACCGGCUCACGGCUCACUCAGAACUUCUCUGUGUCAGUUCCCACUCUCAUCUACACUGGUACGAGACCACUCAGACUCAGGAGCUGGGGAGAGGCAGGCCGCAGGCAGUCUUACGGCAGAGGGCAGACAGGCAGGGAGUUUAGGGCUCCCUUCAGUGAAGAGCUUUACCCCAAUACUCACUCAUCAGGACCCUCCACCCCUCUGAAAAACCAAACCUGUUCCUUUUCACCUUCCAAGUCUUACAGCCGACAGUCCUCCUCUUCUGACACAGAUUUAAGUUUGACACCUAAGACUGCCCUUACCCACCGGGGGACAAGGAUGUUCGUUUGCCCAAGCUCUCCUGCACUCUUUUGCGAGACCCCAUUUGUCAGUCAGUCCUGUCGCCCCCCGGUGGGGUGUAGUGCGACCCCUCUGCACCCCAGACACACCGGCCCCGUGCUGCGGAAGUCCAUCUCAUUGAGUGACGAGCUGCUCCUGGCCGGAAUGGGAAGCGGCAGCGCAGGAAGAGAUGGAGGGGCAUUUAAAGGCCUCCUGAGGCAGCAGACGCAGACCGCGCUGGAGCAGAGGGAGUUCCCGUUUUUCACUCUCACCUCCUUCCCCCCGGGAUUUCUCGUUCACGCCGGCGGGGUGGUCAGCGCGCGCUCCGUCAAGCUUCUGGAUCGGAUUCACAAUCCCGAUGAACCGGAAACGCGAGACGCCUGGUGGGCAGAGAUUCGCCAGGAGAUAAAGUCUCACGCCAGGGCCCUCGGGUGCCACGCUGUGGUCGGCUACAGUGAGUCCACUAGUAUCUGCGAGGAGGUGUGUAUCUUGUCGGCCUCCGGCACCGCAGCCGUGCUGAACCCUCGCUUUCUCCAGGAUGCCGGCACCGAAUGCUGUUUGGAACAAAGGCCUGAAGACGGAUCCCCGCCGCCGUGCGCUUUUUGCCACAUCCCUUACGAUGAGCUGAACAUGCCUUUCCCGGCACAUCUGACGUUCUGCUACAGCUGCCACAAGCACAAGGUCCCGGACGUGCUGUUCACCACCAUAGAUCUGCCGGCCGACGCGCCAGUGGUGGGGAAAGGCUGUCUCAUUCAAGCAAGGUUAUGUCGGCUUAAGAAGAAAGGCCAGGCGGAAGCCAACGCCACGGCCGUCAGCAACCUCCUGCCGUUCAUGGAGUACGAGCUCCACACGCAGCUCAUGAACAAGGUGAAGCUGAGAAGCAUGAACAGCCUGUUCGGCCUCCGCAUUCAGAUCACCGUCGGCGAGAACAUGCUGCUCGGGCUGGCCUCUGCCACAGGCGUGUACCUGGCCUCGUUACCUGCCCCUGGAGGGAUCCAGAUUGCCGGGAAGACCCCCAGCGACGGGGCUUCGGAGCAGCACAUCUCCCACGUGCAGAAGAAGAUCAACGAGACCAUCGCCAAGAACAAAGAGCUUUACGAGAUAAAUCCCCCGGAGGUGUUGGAGGAAGCCGUCGGGUCGCCCAUUCCGGAGCCGCGCCAGAGGUCACGGCUGCUCCGCUCGCAGUCCGAAAGCUCGGACGAGGUGGCGGAGCUGGAUUUAUCGCAUGGGAAAAAGGAUGCGUUCGUCUUGGAGAUCGAUGACACCGACGCCAUGGAGGACGUGCAUUCGCUGCUCACCGACGUACCGCCUCCCCCAGGGUUUUUUAGCUGUAACACGGAAAUCAUGCCUGGAAUCAAUAACUGGACGGCGGACAUACAGAUGUUUACGUCCGUCAGGGUGAUCCGACUCCCCAACAUGAGCCUAACGAACCCGACGCUCAAUAAGAGUUUUAACGACCUCUGCGAGAAUCUGCUGAAGAGUCUUUACUUCAAGCUGCGUUCGAUGGUUCCCUGCUGCCUCUGCCACGUGAAUUUCACGGUCUACGUCCCGGAAGACGAGUCCAUUCAGGUUGCCGUCACCGCCGUCGCGAUCAGGUUCGACAAACAAAACGCGUUGCAAGGAAGCAGAAGCAGAGCGGAGAAAGCGCAGACCCGAGGUUCUACGGACACCGAGGAUCAGCUUCAGUUCUCCAUGGAAUUAAAUUCGGAUUCUCCGAGCUUCCAGCCCUUCUCUCCGGCAAAAGAUUUCCCGGAUCGCGCAGGAUCCACGGCGGGGGCCGCGCAGCGAGCCACUUCUGUUGAUUUGGGUUCCUUUGCAGACAGAUGCAGCGGCUGGAUAGAGCAGAUUAAAGCGAGAGCUCACAUGGCGAGGCGCGGAUCGGUUAAGACAACCACGUCGCUGGAGAAGGCGAGUCCGCUGGCCGAGGGGCUCCUGCGGCACCGAUCCGCCGGCGCGGUCCCCGCCAUCACCGUCGUCAAGAUGACUCCUCUUUCAUUCAUCCCCGGGGCCAAGAUUACCAAAUACCUCGGGAUCAUCAACAUGUUUUUUAUCCGAGAAACCACGUCCCUGCGCGAGGAGGGCGGAGUCAGCGGCUUCCUGCACGCGUUUAUCUGCGAAGUGUUCGCCAUGGUCCGGGCGCACGUGGCGGCUCUCGGGGGGAACGCCGUGGUGUCCUAUAUCAUGAAGCAGUGCGUGUUCAUGGAGAAUACCAACAAGAAUCAGGCGCAGUGCCUCAUUAACGUCAGCGGAGACGCCGUGAUCUUUAACCGCGAAUCAGAACUGGAAGCCGCGGCCGCCGCCACACACCCCGCGCCUCAGGGAGACGGCGCCACAUGAAUCCGGCGUCCCGCGUGCCGGCGCCGCGUGUUGCUUUCAGUGAAAGACGCUAAUGGCGCCGAUCCGUGGCUCCGGAACGUGUUUUCCGCGUUAUUUAUCCUCGCAUGCGCGAUGCUUGUGGCCGCCGCACGGUCAGCCGGUGAAACCGCAUUCAUUUAAACGGCGCCCCGGGGAAGAGCGGUAAUCCGCCGCCGGACUUCUACGCGCCCAACCAGCUCCUCGAAUGCAACGAAAUUGGAAUAAAAUAUUUUUUCUCAUUUUGUAAAUAUUUCACACAAAUAUAUUCUUGAUAAAUUA